AUGGUCCAGGUGUGUCUGACCAGUGGAGAGGAGGUGCUGCGACAGGAGGGCGUCGCUACCCUGCGGGAGCUCCACCUGCAGCUGGGUGCGACAGGGCCGGCCAGCAGCGUUCCGACCUUCCUGCGAGAGGAUGGCCAUGUGUUGGAAGCAGAUGACGUGGCGGUUGAGGACGAAGUACUGACCUUGGUUUGGGUGGAAUGGUGGCACAGUUUCAACAUCCGCAAGCAAAGUCCAAGUCGUUUCCAAAGGUUUUUCCCCCGAGACGAGCAUUUCAAUGUGGGCCUUCUGGAGAUGGCACUGUUGGCCGAACUGAAAGGAGGGGACAAUGGAAACAUGGUCAUUGAUUAUUCACGAGCUUUGCAAGCAGAUAUCGAGCUUGCCAUUCUCAAUGUCUUGCAUCACUUUCGACCCGAGUCACCUUUUCUGAGAGCAGUGAGGGACUUCACGGCCUUCAUCGUGGCCUAUUUGCCUUCGGAACUGAGCAGCGUCCUUGGCGUCUUGCUGGAUGCAGCGAUUGAAGACAUUGAGCACCUCACUGAGCUCCGGAGAUUUGGAUUUGGGGAUCACUUCACAGCCACCUUGGCCUUGGUCGAGGAGACCGUGAAGCAUUUGUUGAGCAGCUUGGAAUCAUUGGAAUCCGAUGCAUCGAUCGAUCGCGAUGAGACCGAAGAUAGGGAGGUGAUCCCGAUUGUUUUCAAGUCAGAUCCGCCCAAAACCAUCCAUGUGCAAAGAGCUUGGAGAGAGGAGGCAUAUGUGUAUUUCCAGAAGUUGCAGCCGAAGUUGCUGCAUUUCCUUCAACUCAGAGAUCAAUUGGCUUUGGCUGGAAAGGCUCAUGAAAUUGAUGGCUGGCUGAAUUUGCACCGCCCCUUUUCGCCGAACCUGGCCGUGUCCGAUGCCUUGGCCGAGCUGGAGAAAGAGUGCGCAAAACUCGGCUGGCUGAGAUCCCUGUAUCGCUGUGCUUCCAGUGUCCACGUUGGGAUGUGUUGGGUUUGGAUCGAACUUCAAGAAUUGCCUUCAGAGCCUGCGGAUUCAGAAGUGGAUGCUUCUGCACUGCAGGAGUUGCAAGAACGCGUGGACCACUUGGAGGACGUUUGUCAGCAGGAAAGGACUGCCUCGGAGGAAGCGUCCAAGAACCUCCAGGAGCUCUUGAGCGCCACCCGACGGCUUUGCGCCAAAUAUGCCAUUGCUUGGAGCACAGAGGAACCAAGCCUCAACAUGCUUGAGGGAAUUGAGGAGUCUUUGAGCCGGGCGCAGAACGUGGCAGAUGAGAAAGAGAAAGAGCGGAAGGUUCUCCUGCAGCAGAUGACACAGCUGAAAGAAGAGGUGGACUUUCUCCGUGGUGCUAAGUUUGAGGCGGACGACAGGUGCCAACAGCUACAAGUGGAGCUCCAGCAGGCCAAGAACAGCGUCAGUGCUCAAGCUCUGCAACUGGAGUCGCAGUUCAGGGACAGCCAGAUGCAGCACCAGCAGGCAGUGGACCAGGCGAAAGGAGAAGCCGACGCAUGCCAGCGGCGAGCGAAAUUGGCAGAGGGGCAGCUGCAGACGGCUCAAGCUACAGCAGAUCACUUCUCGGCCAAGUACCAUGAACUCGAGGCACGCUUCCAAGAGGAGCAGAUCAUCCGCAAGAAAUAUCACAACCAGAUCCAGGACAUGAAAGGCAGCGUCCGUGUCUUCUGCCGCUUCCGUCCACUGGCCAAGCGAGAAGAAGAUCUUGGUGAUAUUCCUGUCCUGCACAAGGCUGAUGCCUUCAGUGUGGACCUUCACCGAUUGGCGCCGCACAACGACACAAGACGAUUUGACUUCGAUGCAGCCUGA